AUGCUGCCCACGGGCCUCACUCAUAGGCUGCUAUGCAGCUUCCUGCGGGGAUCCACUCCCACGAUAGCGCGCCAUGGCCUCCGGGAGACGCUCCUCGAGAGGAGAUGUGCGGCCAACUCCUCCUCCCUGUACCCAUCCGGCCUGGGAUGUGGGCUUCCCCGUGGCGCGACAGCGACUGGGGAUAACCAAGGAAGGGCUGACAUGGAGGAGAGUUUUGUGUUCCCCGAGUACGUCCCGGAUUCGGAGCCCGCAGUGACCCUCCAGGACCAGCUGCGGGAGCUGCAGCAGCGGCAGGAAGAGGAGGAGCGACGGUGCUGCAGCGGCGGGGGGAGCGGUGGCAGCAGGAACUACGGAACUCCCGGCAGAUGCACCCAGACCGUGUGCCAGCGCUGCUGACUGCUGGUGUUUCACCGGCGCGCCCUGCACCUGCAGGUGAGCCGCGAGCAGUAGUACCUGGAGCUGGUGACCGCCGCGCUGCGGAGGCCCAAGCUCGCCCUGGUGCUGUACAUGAUGGACCUGCUUGAUCUGCCCGACGCCCUGCUGCCGCACCUGCCCGCGCCGGUGGGCCCCAAGCAGCUGAUCUUGCUGGGAAACAAGGUGAACCUGCUGCCCCUGGAUACUCCCGGCUACCGACAGCGGCUCCAGGAGCGACAGUGGAACGACUGUGCCCGCGCCGGGCUCCUGCCGCCCCCUGGCUACCGAAGGCCACAACACCCCAGCGGGGACCGGCCACGGGACGAGCAGGAGAAAGCGAAUCCUUCGCCCAAGUCCAGCACGAUGCUCAGAGACGUGCGGCUCAUCAGCUUCAAGACUGGCUAUGGAGUCGAAGAGUUGAUCUCCGCGCUCCAGCGUUCCUGACGCUACCGCGGCGACGUCUACGUGGUUGGCGCCACCAACGCUGGCAAGUGCACUCUCUUCUACACGCUUCUGGAGUCCGAUUACUGCAUCGCCAAGGGCGCCGAAGCUAUAGACCAGAUGGUGAGCCUUAGGGCGCCAACGGUGCUUACAGUUGUGGCUUCCAACUUCCUUCCCGUUCACAUUACUUCACUGGACAAGGUGGACACUGUAUAUCAGAAGCACGGGGGUCAUACGUUACUCAAGGUUCCAAUGGGUGGAGAAGAAAGAAUGGCAGGAUUUCCUCCUCUUAUUGCUGAAGACAUCACAUUAGAUGAAGGACUUGGGGAACCUGAAGCAGUGGCUGACAUCAAGUUCUCCUCUGCAGGCUGGGUAGCAGUAACGCCGCAGUUUAAGGACAAACUGCACCUCCGAGGCUACACACCUCAAGGAACAGUUCUGACGGUCCGUCACCCAUUCUUGCCACAUGUAAUUAACAUCAAAGGAGAGCGCAUCUGGAGAAGCGUGGCCUAUAAAACCAAAAAGCCUCCUGCCCUUGUGUACAAUCUGCAGAAAAAGAAAAAAAGAUAAA